CGCUGGCCCCGUCGGGGGCCCGGAGGGGGGCUCGGAGCGGGCAGACUCGGAGCGGGCGGCGGAGUGACCCGUCCAGCUGUCGGACACGAGCCCAGCCCGCUUCACUGUGUAGCCAUGAGAGCUGCCUACCUCUUCCUGCUGUUUCUGCCUGCAGGCUUGCUGGCUCAGGGCCAAUAUGACCUGGACCCACUGCCUCCAUUCCCGGACCACGUCCAGUAUACCCACUACAGUGACCAGAUUGACCACCCAGACUACUAUGAUUAUCAAGAAGCAACUCCUCGGCCCCCUGAGGAGCAGUUCCAGUCCCAGCAGCAAGUCCAACAGGAGGUCAUCAUGGCCCCCACCGUAGUACCAGGAAACGCAGAGACAGAGCCCACAGAGCCUGGGCCCCUUGACUGCCGUGAGGAGCAGUACCCAUGCACCCGCCUCUACUCCAUACACAAGCCUUGCAAACAAUGUCUCAACGAGGUCUGCUUCUACAGCCUUCGCCGUGUGUACGUCGUCAACAAGGAAAUCUGUAUCCGCACGGUUUGUGCCCACGAGGAGCUCCUCCGAGCUGACCUAUGUCGGGACAAGUUCUCCAAAUGCGGUGUGAUGGCCAGCAGUGGCCUGUGCCAAUCCGUGGCGGCCUCCUGUGCUAGAAGCUGCGGGGGCUGCUAGGGUGGAGCUAGCACCCUGAGCCCUGGACCGCCCCGGACCCUCCUCGGAUCUGGGGCCCUCAGGCCCUGCCUGAUCUGGUGCUUUUCUACCCAGCCUGACAUCCCUUUUAUUCUGUAAAAAGUUAGUGGACUGUGGCCCUGGGGGUUGUCUCAGGCUCCUCCCCCAGGCUGUGGCCACAACGGGGGGGCCCCCACCGCCUGGUCUUCAUUCCCAGUAAGGGGCAUACCAGGCCUCGCUCUCAUCCCAGGGGAACCUGGGCCUCCAAUGGGCCUUCUCAGCCCUCUGAGGACAGCGCCCCCCACCCCCAGCCCCUUGAGGUAGGCUAUGCCCCUCACCCCAGCUGGUCUGCUUGGAUUUCCUACAGCCCCCGGGCAUAGACCACCUUUGUUUUAUAUAAAAUUAAAAACAUGUUUUUACAAAA